ACCUGCAUGUUGAAAGCUUAACAAGGUCGUGGAUACUCAUAACACAACAGGCAGGACACCGGCGCGUGGCGAAGGACCCACGUUGAUGCUUCGGCGAUAAACAGGAAAUAAACGUCCGUUCAACAAAUGCGUCCGCCUGGGAACCAAUACAGUCUAUGAAAGUUCCGCUAUCAUUUGGGUCCAUAAACGACAUUUGGUCAUUUUCAUCUGAAUAAUAUAACCACGGAAGAGUUCGACUUAAACUUUACACGACGUUCGUCCCGGAUCAGUGGGCUUGGCUGUCAGGUAGUUUCAGGUAAAGGAGACUCACUGCAUCCUCUGUUGGAGACUGACACAGGAUCCCAAAGAAGAUAACUUGAAGUGCCAAACAACAUUUUUAAAAAGCACUAAGAGUCAUGCAAGACGCGUGGGUGAUAUCUGUCCCACUGGACAAGACCAGUUCACAAAGUGUCGAGAAACUCAAACGCUUCAUUGGAAGAACUAACUUGGCCUCCUGCUGCAAAUUCUCCAUUCCAGAUCUAAAGGUGGGAAUAUUGGACAGCCUACUAAGCGUGUCAGAUGAACUCUCCACACUCGACAUGUUUACUGAAAGCGUGAUGAUACAAACAUGCAAAUGUAUGAGAGAGGUGAUGGAGCAAGCCUGUGACAAAGUGAUGGAAGACGUCUUAGCCAAUGGAGCCCACAUCACAAAGCAGAAGGAUCUUCAUUCUACCCAAAAGGCCCUUUUGAAGUCUUUAAGAGUGGACAUGAUGAGCUAUGUGACCAACUUCCAGUGGGACGAAGUCAAGUAUCCCACGUCUCUGCCUCUCUCCAGCCUGGUAAACAUCAUCAAAAAGGAAGUUUCCCAGGUGAAGUUGGAAUUCAAAUCCAGAGCUGCAACAUACAGCAGUGUGAAAACACGUUUGCAGAACCUGGAGCAACAACAAGAAGGCAGUUUGCAAACAUGCAGCCUGAAUGGCAUUGUAAGGAGAGAAGACCUGGUGGUCUCAGAGUACCUGACUACUCUCCUGGUGCUGGUGAGCAGGAGGGACUAUAUGCAGUGGGAAAAGACAUAUGAAUCUUUGUCAGAAUUUGUGGUGCCGCGGUCAAGCAGAAAACUCUGUGAAGACAGGACAGCAGGUUUAUUUUCUGUGACACUAUUCAAGAGAGUGGUGUGUGACUUCAAAGCCAAAGCCAAGGAAAGCAAUCUGAACCCACACAGGUUCAAUGUGCGUGAGUACAGCUUUGACCUGGAUGAGAAGCAGCAACAGGAGAGGAUGGAGCUCAGUGUUCACAAAAAAGAGCAUUACGUAUGUUUAUCUAGAUCACCAGUAUCAAACUUAAGGCCCGGGGGUCAGAUCUGGCCCGCCACGUCGUUUUAUAUGGCCUGCGAAAGCCUGGGCACGUUUAUGGAAUGGCUAAAGGCAAUAUACAACCAGGUGAUCAUUUCUUGGAUUCACCUGAAAGCCUUAAGGAUCUUUGUGGAGUCGGUUCUCAGGUACGGACUGCCUGUUAACUAUCAGGCCCUUCUGCUUCAGUCAGACAGGAAGUGUUCUGAGAAACUGAAAGAAAAACUUUCUUCUUUGUUUGCGUAUCUGGACCCAACUUCUGCAGUCAGUGACGUGACCUGUGACAUCCCAGGACUCAGCCAACAGGACUACUUCUCCUACAUCUGCUUCCCCGUUAACAUCAACUUGUUGGACUCAAGCUAGCAACACAAAACACGAAAAACACAUACAAUUUAUUUUGCAGUGCCUGUGUGACAGAGCUCAUACCUCUCAGUCCAGCCCUGCAUACUUGAACCCCUCGAACCAGUGACCACAUAUCCCCACAGAUUGAGAGUUAAGUCAAGCACUGCUAGCCAAUGACUUAAAGCCUUUGGUUGUCAACUCAUUGUCCAGCGCAGCUCUUAAGGCAUCAGGGUGUGAGGGUUGCACUACUAUCCCACAGUCACACUAGCUUGCAUCUGUUACACCUGGUUUCAUAUUUUUGACCUAAGCACAUUGUAUUUUGCAGUGCCUGUGUGACAGUGCUCAUACCUCUCAGUCCAGCCCUGCAUACUUGAACCCCUCGAACCAGUGACCACAUAUCCCCACAGAUUGAGAGUUAAGUCAAGCACUGCUAGCCAAUGACUUAAAGCCUUUGGUUGUCAACUCAUUGUCCAGCGCAGCUCUUAAGGCAUCAGGGUGUGGGGGUUGCACUACUAUUCCACAGUCACACUAGCUUGCAUCUGUUACACCUGGUUUCAUAUUUUUGACCAAAGCCCAUUGCCUAAAUACUCUAUCAACAGCAAAUCACAUAUUUCCCAUACAUUCUUUUAUUUGUGGAGGCUCGCCACAAAUACAUUUGGACUGCCACAAAUAGAUUUGAUGCUCCCUGUUAAGAAUCCUCCAUGUUCUGCUUAGAAUCCUCCAUGUUUAUGCAAGUUUAUAAAUACACUCUUUUUAA